UAUGUAUGUAGGUACAUACAAUAGUUGUGCAUUUGUUAAUAUUAUUUCAAUCAUUUGCCGCAACGGCAGCUCGAUGUAUUCUGUUUUACCGACAAGCUGGAAACAGCAAAACAUAUCAUGGCUGAAUAUGGCGGUUUACUGAUGAACAAUUCUUUAAGUUUUGUUAAUACAUUGUAUGAUAUGAAAAAGAUAUAUGACAGGCGUAAUUAAUGGUGAGAUUUAGUGACAAGAUUGUGAAUAAAUUUUGUAUAAUGUUCUUUAAGUCUGUAGUGCCAUAUCAUAUUCAUUGUAUGUUAUAAAAAAAUAUAUGAUAAUUGGUAUAGUAUUAUACUUUAUUAGUAGAAAUAACAGCAUUUCACUGACUUUUAACACAUUGCUAUAAAUAAUUGCUUAUUACAAUAGUUCAUAUCUAUAUUUAUGAACUUUCAAGUAUCAAUUUGGUGCUUAUGGAUCCUGUGUCUAAGAUACUCUAAAUAUUGUGACACAUAAUAAUAAAAUCUCAUGCCAAAACUAAGAAGGAAUAGAAGGACUGAAACUAGGUGGGGUGAUAAAUAUUAUACAGCAGUGAAAAAUGCUGUUUUUAUAACGGAGACACAACCUUAUGAGCCAACAUUACCAUCCUUCCCUUUGGAGGAGUAUGUUCCAGAAUGUGAGAAUCUGUAUAUGUGUACACAAUGCAAAGACUGCUUCUAUUUUCGAAGCAGUUUGGAAGACCAUAUUGCAAGGAAAAGUUGGAUAUUGGGAUAUUGGUGUCAUCAUUGUUUUGUAACUGCUUGUAAACAUAGCUCUGUAAAAGGUAUAUUAUGUUCCACAUGUUUACAAUUGGAUCAUGAGAAACGCUUAUAUUUACGAAGUAGAGGUUUACGUAACAAUCAAAAAUUUGGGGCAAUAAGAAUCUUUUACAAUCAAUGUCAAUUUUUUGCACAUUUGAAAGCUCAUAAUGUAGAUUUGGUAAAUAUAGGUGACUUAAUGUUAAUGCCUUUACCAACAAAUAUCAUCGACUGGAAUCCUGAAGUAGAUUUAACAUGCGAAGCACUCAUGGAACAUACAUUUAUAAUAAAAGUUCAUAUAAUGGAUUGGUUGAAAAAUAAAACUAUUGAUAACAAUUGGUGGCAAUUGGCAGAAGAUGCCAAUAAUCCAGUUACUGUUAUUCUUAAAGGUUAUAACGGUCGAUUCCAUUUUAAGCCAUUAGAAAUAUCAAUAGAGGAGCAAAUUUCUAUUUUGAAUUCUGCUCAUUCUACACCUAACAAUGGCAAGAAAUUUUCUGAUAUUCCUGGGUCAGUAGAAAGUGUUGAUAAAGGAACAAGUCCAUCUUCAACAAAUACCAGGGUUUCCAUCUCUGAUGAAAGUAUGAUUGAAAAUGAAGACAGUCCUUGUACAGUAAAUGACAUUACUUUUGUGAAUUGCGGAUUCUCAAAAUUUCUUGAAUCUGAGUUUACAGCAAAUAAUAAGGAAAGGAAAGGAAACACAACAGUUUCUGUAAAAUCAGUGCAAGAUUCAUGCACUCCGAAACGUCCAAAUGUAAUUAAUAAGUUUAAACGAAAUAAAGUAAGACAUUUAAACUCCAUUUCAUCCAAUAUGGUUAUAUCAUGUGGUAAUACAAUGAUACCGCCUAAACGUGAUAUCAAAGAUUUAUCAAAGCAUCCUACCAAUAAACAAUUAUGGAAGAGUUUAACACAUAAAUCUAGUAACAAUUUAUCAGUCAAGACAGUUACAGAAGGCAAUAUCGUAAAAGAAAAAUCUGAUAGAAAAGAAAAUAAAACACUUCGCAAUAAUUUAUUAAAAAUAGCACCAGUGUCUAAGGUUCAAUCUGAUGUAUCUUGUACAGCAAAGGUGGAUACAUACAAAAAUAAGUUAGGUAAAUUGAAACAAAAUCUAUAUACAUUGACCAUUAAUUCUGGUCAAAAGGAUGUUAGAUUUCAAAGACACACCUCUGAUAAUUCACCUGGCGAUAAUAACAAAGAAUCAUCUUCCGAAGAAGUAAUUCGCUUAGUACCUGUUGGGAAUGAAAAAUUAUCGAAAAUGAAAAUAAAUGUAGGAAAUAAAAAUCUUUCUCAAGCCGGUAAAGAAACUAACAAAAAUAGUUCGAAAAACCAAACCGAGCCCUUUAAAAAUAAAUUACGACCUUUUCCCGGUAGGGUUAUAUAUCAAAAUGGACGGAAAUAUAUUAUUAAGCAAUCAUCAGGUCCUACUAAAAAUUUAAAGACCCCAUCCAAUGCUGUGGUACCAGUGAAAAAUGUACAAGAAACAGUGCAAUCAAAAUCUACAAAUAUUCCACCAUUAGUGUUCUACAAUAUUCCACCAUUGAUACCCUUAGAUUCCACUGAAAUAGAAAAUAUAUCGAAUCAGGAAAAAACGAAUUCAUUUCAUAAUGAUGUUUCCCCUUUAACACCUUCACCAUCUCCGUCGGAAUUAUCGAAUAGUUCUAGCUGCGAUAUUCAAUCGAAACAGACUUCUUUGUCAGCAAAGGGUUCUCAGAAAGUUGAUGUACCUUAUUUGAAUACUGAACAGAAAGACAUUGGUAUUGAUGUACAAAAUAUGAACAAUUCAUUUGAAAGUUUAACAUUUCAUAAAGGAGAAGACCAAAAUUUGUAUCUCGAUGUAACGUUUCUUAAUCAAAAGCCAAUUUAUUCUAUUGUUGAUACAUCUACGAUGAUAACAAAAUGUAGAGAAGAAAUGCUAAAUGAAUUUUUUCAUCUUUCUUAUUUCGAAUUGAAGAAACGAUACGACCAUUUACAAGAAAUUGGUGAAGAAAUAUCAAGAGUAAUGAAUUUCGUAACUGAUAAUGUGAUCAAAGAAAACUUAAAAGCAGUUCAUAUUUUGCAGACUGUGCUGAAACAUUGUAUUGAUAAAUGUACUGAGAAAUCUGAUGACACAGAGGAGAAAGAUGCACUGUUACAUGAAUGGGAAUCCGAAUAUGAGAAAACAGAUGAAAAACCUGUUUGUAAGGCAUGUAAUAAAAUUAAAAAACCCAAGUACUAUAUUCCAGGAUUUUCAAAGCCUGCGAAAAACGAUAUAUAUUGUUCUUGCUAUAGGCAUAUGUGCCACAAAUGUCAUACGUAUCAAGGUAAUUCGACGCGUUUCGUAGCUCAUCAAACAUUUCACGACAAAGAGAGACCGUAUUUAUGCCCUGAUUGUUAUCGUAAAUUUACAUCAUAUAGAUCGUUAGAAGUCCAUACAUGGACUACCUGUUUCCACACGCUAAAAAGGCGUGUUCUCGGUUGUAAAAUUUGUGAAAUAGAUGGUUUUCAAGAUAUGGAAUCUGUCGCAAAACAUUUCGCAAUUAUGCACAGUCAUAAUAAGGUAGUUUGUGAUAAAUGUUACAUCGUUUUACCAUCAUAUUCCGAAUAUAGAAAACAUCAUAAAGAUAAACAUUCGGAUGCAAAUGAUCAUCAACCCAUAAGGCUUGUACUAUGUAAACUUGGGCGGUGCAUUGUACGUUGCGAAGAUUACAUGUUACACAUGGAAAAACAUAUAGUCGUUCAAAGAUUAAUAUGGUUCAAAUGUCCAUUUUGUACGUUUAUUCAUGUAGAGGCGAAACGAAUUAUGUCUCAUUUGCAAAGUGAACAUGAAACACGUUUAGAGGAACUUACAAGUUCCGAGACAUUAUGGAAUACUUCUCAAGUGGAAACCGCAGCAAAUUUAUUGAAAAAUAAUUUACAGCAAAAUAAAUUCACAAAUGCACACACGGAGUCUUGCGAAGAUGGAACUGUUAUGCCUAAGAUUAUAAAUGCUAGAACUAUUACGUCUGAGGUAUUUGAACAUGGAGCUCAGGGGACGGAUGAUAAUAUAAUAAAUUAUGAAACAUCACUAUGUUCUAAAGUUGUUAAUGUUAAUUCAGAAUCUUCUCCAAAGUUGAAUGGAAUCAUACCGAAGAUACUCGACGUUAGGUCAAUGGCUGACCUAACGUCGGAUAUUUCUGAAUGCGACAAGAUUGAAGCAACUUCGAAAUUUACAGAUACGACAACAAGUAAGAUUAUAAAUGCUAGAAAUAUUACGUCUAAGGUAUUUGAACGUGAAGCUCAGAGGACGGAUGAUAACAUAAUAAAUGAAGAAACCGAACAAAACAAAGCUCAACAAGAUCAAGAGAUCGAAACCGAACACGAACAUGUCAUUGAUUGUAUAUGGGAUACCAAAACGAUUCCAUUAAGUCCCAGCCCAGUGAAAGUUGAAUCUCCUCAACAAGAUCAUCUGUUAGGAGUGAAAAACGACCAGAGUAUAUAUGACACAUCAUGCGAAAAAGCAAAAAUUCAAUUAGAUGAAACAAAGCAAGAAGCAAGGAAUGUUUCGAACAAUACGCAGAGUCAAAAGCAACCGAAGGCUGCAACACAUGAAUUAAUUUUGAAACCUCCUCCGCUUGUUAGAAUUCCUCAACACGUGCUUGAGAUGAAUCGAUCUAAGAAAGCUGGACAGAUAACGAAAGGAGGAAAAAUGGCAGUAUUUUCACGCGAUCAAGAAGUUAAUCGCUAUUUUCCUCGACGAAUUGCUCUAAUCAAUCCAACUAAUUCAAAUGAGAUCCUAAACUUUCCGUGUCCUUUAUGCAGGGAAUUAAUAAAUACAUCCAAAUCAGUUAUAAGUAAUCAUUUUCAGAGUAAACAUUUGCAAGAUUGUAAGCUAUCAGCAGUUGCCAUAAACUUACUACGAAUAUCCCCAGAAUUUAUUAAUGGUGGUUACAAGGAAUUAUUAGAUAACAAAAAGCGCAAGUCCGAAAGUACUAUAUCGAGUUCAAAAAGAAGACGACGGUGGAAUCCAAAAAAAUAUAAUACCGAUGGGAAAAACGUGAAUUUUACAGGACUUGGGUUAUGUGUAACACAAGAAACAGCUGAAGAUAGCGAGGGUAAUUUCAGGUGUAAAAAAUGUGAUCAGCGAUGCUCGAAUAUGACAAAUUUGAGAGAGCAUAUCGCGUGCAAUCAUAGAAUCAAGGGCCGAUAUUUAGUAUGUCUGGAAUGUGGAGACAAUUUUGUGGUAGUACCUAGUUUACAAAUGCAUCUAAAAGCAUUUCACGGGAUAGAGGAUCCCAUAACUUAUAUGGCACAAAAUACUUCCUACGCUCCUGAUAAUGUGGAUGAUCUCGAGGCUGAAGGAAAGUCUAUCGAAGCAAAUCAAUGUCAUGUUUGUAUGGCGGUUUUCGAAGAUAAGGCGGCGGUAGAUAAACAUCUUCGAGUCCAUGGCAUGGCGUUCUUAAAUCGUAAAAGGAUAGAAGCGCAAAAUGCUUUGAAAAGUCCAGAGAAAAAGAGCGAAAUGGAGGAAGAAAAAUGUACACCAAUCAAAGCAAGUCCAAAAGAACUUGUUCGAAAGGAUAAACCAGCAGAAACUAUACUGGAAAAAAUCACUGCAACUAUAUAGCUAAUGGAGGCACGACUUUUCGAAACAAAAUCGAUCGGAAAGUAGUACAUAUGUAGUAAUUUCUAGAUUUAAAUAUGACCCUGAAUCUGUGAUUUUAACAUUUUAUUUAAUCAAUGGAAAAACAUUUCUUCGUUUUCUAAAUGGGAAAAAUUAGAAAAAAACUCGUUAAUUAUUUUAUAGUAUCGAAAAAACAUUAUUCAAUGCUUUACUUUGAAUAUCGGAACGGAUUUUGAUUAAUAUUAAGAUCAAUACACUUAUUAACACAUUGGGAUUUGUUAUAAAUUUCCUAAUUUAUGUUUUUCUAUGUUUUAUUUUGUGUUUUUUAUGGAAUAUGUGCGUUCAAAAUCUUUUAAUUAUAAAUUGCAUAGCUCUGUUAGAUGAUAAUAGUUGCGUAUACUUCAUACACAUACAUCCAUAAACUGUAAAGCGAACGCAAUGUGUUAAGUUUCUUAAAUGUCUUGGAAUGCAAUACCGUUGUAAAUAUAUGCAAAUAUUUAUAGACAAA